AUCUUUAUUACAAUGGCGGCCUACAAAUUAGUCCUGAUUCGCCACGGAGAGAGCAACUGGAACCAGGAGAAUCGCUUCUGCGGCUGGUUUGAUGCAGACUUGAGCGAAACUGGGGAAAAGGAAGCGAAAAGAGGAGGACAGGCCCUGAAAGAUGCUGGCUUUGAGUUUGACAUUUGCUACACCUCUGUCCUGAAGCGGGCCAUCAGGACCCUGUGGCACGUAUUGGACAGCAUUGACCAAAUGUGGGUCCCAGUGCAUCGAACCUGGAGGCUGAACGAACGCCACUACGGAGGCCUGACGGGGCUGAACAAGGCCGAGACGGCUGCCAAACACGGGGAAGCUCAAGUGAAGAUCUGGAGGCGCUCAUUUGACAUUCCGCCUCCUUCUAUGGGUCCAGACCAUGACUACUACACUAUCAUCUCCAAGGAUCGUCGUUAUGCAGGCCUGACGGAGGACCAGCUGCCAUCCUGUGAGAGUCUGAAGGACACCAUAGCUAGAGCGCUGCCCUUCUGGAAUGAGGAGAUAGCCCCUCAGAUCAAACAGGGAAAGCGGGUGCUCAUCGCUGCCCAUGGAAACAGCCUCAGGGGGAUUGUCAAGCACCUGGAGGGAAUGACCGAUGAAGCCAUCAUGGAGCUGAACCUGCCAACAGGCAUCCCGAUCCUUUACGAGCUUGAUAAGAACCUAAAGCCAGUGAAGCCCAUGCAGUUCCUGGGAGAUGAGGAGACUGUACGCAAAGCCAUGGAGGCUGUUGCUGCUCAGGGCAAGGCCAAGAACACCUUUGCAGAAUACCUCUCUCCAAAGACUAAAGGAAUGGACCUUGAAUUUAAUCAGGAUUCCCCACAUUUUAAAUCUUAUGCCCAGGAGACACCAAUGAAACCCUCUCAAGUACCUAACCUGCUUUCUCAUCCUCCACCCAGAAGAGCAUUGCCACUUCUGACUCCUGAGCAGUCCAACAAGGACAGAGACAGCCCACAGUUGCACCCUACACAUUCAGGGUGUGCGCCAAAUAACAGUGCUAUCUACGAUUCUCUUGUGAAUUCUCUUGUGAAGGACAGAGUGGGUCCUAACAAGCACUUUGUUCAGCUGGCUUUAAGUAGCCCAACUAACACUGGGCAAGCAGGAUAUAGCCCUCAAGCCACGACUAAAGAAAGACCAGGCUCUCUGCAGCAAUUGGGGCCAACACAUUUUUCCUCAUCUCACAUUAUUCAAGCAAGUCAAACCAACAAUUAUACCUCAAAAGAUAGACCUGCAGAUUCUUUUAUAUUUCAUAAAACAUCUUCUCAAUUAAUUAAGAAUUUAAACCACACCCCAUCCCAUAAUUUCUUGAGAGAUCAAGGCACUGAGUCCAAGGUCAUGCCUUAUAACUCUGGAUACAGCAAUGCAACAUCAGAAAGACCAGAACUGAAUAAGAGUCAGCAAGAGCAACCCGAGGAAACACCUUCAGCUGCAAAAAUCAUGCUUCAUCAAGAAAGGAAUUUGUAUUGCACACCAGAGAAAAGGCACACAGAGUUGGAGCACUCGGAUGAAAUUUCCAUGAAGCCAUGCGCUCAGGGUGCAAACCCUGGAAAAACACAGACAAACAAACCCGUCCCGAACAUCUCCCCUGUGCCAUCAUCUAAGGAUUCUUCAGUAUGGGAAUUAUCUCCCAAGACAACGGACAGCCUUCUGCUUCUAGAGCUGGCCUGUGGACAAUCCACUCACUCAGAGAUAUCAUCCACGAUAAAGUCCACCCAAUCACCCGGCGCAUUGUUAUCUAAACAUUGUGAUAAGAGAGUGCCCUCAGUUGGGACAAAGCAAGCCUAUGUAGACUUUUCUCACAAGAAUGUAGUAAGGCUAAGUGCACUUUCAAAGUCCAGUGAGGAAAGUGUGAAAAAAAGAAAUGAGGAAAACCUGAAAAGAGACAAAUCAAGCAACUCAUCAACUCAUCAGAAGGACAGUAGUAGAUCACCUUUUGUUUCAAUAAGCCCCUCCUGUGGUCUUACCUCCCCUAGUACCCCAGUUUUACCAGCAAAGGCCCCCAGCAGAGGUAACCAAUCGGAGGAGAGCAGAAAAUCGCACAGUUGCGCUUCCAAACUAAUGUCCAAAUCAAAUUCCGGUUCCACAAAUGUCCGCACAGUAGAGCGUAAUAAAGCUAAUCGUGCACGAAGGCCUAUCCCUGAUGACAUAGACGAUCUUUUCACUCCUGAUCCCAUGACUUAUGUUGUCAGCCCCGCACGAAAGGCAGCAAAGCUCAAGAUAGAGGGGGAGGAAAUUAAAUCCCCAACCUUAGAGAAAUACUCCACUCCUGCACCUAGCAGCAGCACUCCAGUUAGUGGAUUGUGUAUUUCAAAAACUCCACAGUCCACACCAAAGGAAUCUCCAAAUGUAGCAGCUUCCUCAACACCUUACUCUCCAUCCCAUUUGCCUGCGCUGAAACCAGAGAAAUCCAAACUUUCUUCCAAGGAUAAGGCACUAAGAAACCAUCCUGUCACUUCUUCAGGCAAGCAGCUUAAAGAGGAGAGUGUGAGACCUGAGGAAAAUUGCAAGCAUCCCCUUUCCAGCAGCAGUCCCCCUUUGGAGGCUGUCCCUGCCAAGUCUGGACAAACCUCUUCAGUACAUGGUGCUCAUCAGAAUGAAGGGAGCAGGAAGGAUAUGAAUGAGGAGGAUCCUGUGGAUGUAGAGCUGGACCUGGGCCUAAGUAUUGCCUAUGAUGUCGACCUAACUCAGAGCUCUGAUAGCAGUGAGGAGGAGCAGCUGAUCUCCUUAAAAGAAAUGAUGGAGCGCGUCACCAAGCCCCCAGAUACACCGGAGAAGGAAGCCUUCCCAGAGCCAAGUACACCCGUACAACGCCGAUGUCAGAGCAAAGCUCAUCUGCCGCUCGCCACAAAGUCAAGUUUCUACAAGAACACUCUUGACCAGAUGCUGAAAGAGAUUAACAACAACAAAAAAGCAAAAGAGGUGGAGAGACAGCUUCUAACUACAUGUCAAGAAGACCUGUUGAAGAUAGCCGAAUAUGAGCAGGCAGAGGAGAACCGCGAAGAGGAAAUCUCAUCUGAGCAGCAAGAAUUCCUGCAGCGCUACUCCCUGAUGUCCAGUGCUAUCAGGGAAGUGCCUCCAGGAGAGGUGGUGUUCAACUUGGAAAGGUUUGGUCGGAUCUUUGACCAGGACACACUGCAGCUCAGGCAGUGUUUGGUCUCACCACAGUGGACAUCACAGAAAACCCUUCUUUGGUCAAGCCCUGCUCAGCUGAGACUGCAUUUAAAUAUUGGGUUAUUCCAGGAGGCGUACGACUGUAGUUCACCCUGUCCAGCUCAGGUUACUCGUUUCCUAUUCAAGAUGAUGUCAGUCCAUAGUGAGAGGAUGGUUUCAGAAAAGAUACUCCAAGCCCUGUGUGACAUUGCCUGUUCUGCUGCAUAUCAGAUAGUGAAAAAUGAAAGCCAGCAGUUUGAAGUAUGGGUGCCUAGUUUGGCUGAUGUGACGCUGGUAUUGCUGAACAUGGGUGUUGAGUUUGUUACGCUCUUCCCCUUUAAGAGCCUACAGCCGCCCUUCACCGAGGGAGAUCUGCUGGAGAGUGUAUAUGUUAAGGAGGAAGGUCAGUCCUCUAAAAAGGAGCAGCCUAUUUUUCCUGAACACAACUGCAGCAACAUCUUGAAGUACCUGUCCUACUGUAUGGGCCUGUGCCCUCGCGCAUACAGCGACAACGAGCUGCUGUUGCUGCUGAUUGUGGUGGGAAGGAUCAGCAUGGACGUAAAUCGUAUCCCCAUGUCCAGCAUAGAUGUGACAUGCCUUCAGCAUAAAAUGAUCAACAACAUCAGGGACUGGAGCACGAUGCUUCCCAGAAUUUGUCAAGCCCUCACCAAUCUGACAGACGAUCACCACAAUAUGUGCCUGGUAGUUCAACUCCUGCCUGACAGCACGCACGGAAAAGAGCUGCGUCGACAUCUCAGCUUGUCCAUGAUCUCUAAGUUGUUAAAUGGAAAUUGCACAUACAAACCCUCACAGGAUGAAUUCCAGCUUGCAGAUCUGAGACCGUACCUUCCCCGGAUGCAGCCCUCUGCUCUUUUCCGAGGCUUGCUUCAGAAAAAUAAGGACCAGGACAUGUCCACUCUUGAUCAACAGGCCUACUACCUGUGCUAUAGCCUUCUGACACUCACAAACGAAGCAUCCAAUUUCCAGCUUUUCCCAGCUCAUCAGAAGGAACAGCUCCUUUUUUUGUCAUCAGAGCUGGAAACUCAUGUGAAGUGUGACAUCAGAGAGAGUGAGAAAUGUCUUUACCGUAGUAAGGUAAAGGACCUGUUGGCCAGGAUGUACACCAAAUGGCAGAUGCUUCUUCAGAGGACCAGACCUCUCUAUGAUAAGCUGUAUGAUUAUUGGCAGCCUGUGGACACCUUUAAAAGCAACCGCGAUGAUGAAGAGAACCCUUUAACAGAUGAAGAAGAGGAGGAAACUACUUUAACUGAUGAGACAGAGGAUGAUGAUGGAAUGGUUGCUGAAGAUGAAGAGAGAGAAGAGGUCAUGGAAGUUAAUGAAAGGAUAGGAGGCACAGAGGGAGACGUGACCGAGAAUGACACAAGCAAAACAGAGGAAGCCGUGGAGCCGGUGACAGAAAACGACUCGAGUCCGGGGAUGCGUGAAAUGCUGCCUAAAGCAGUGGAUGAGCAAAUGGACACCAAUGAUACUGAGUGUACCAGUGUGGAGAAUGAAAAUGAUUCUGAGGGAAUGACAACACUGCUGGCAUCAGGAUACCCUGUGUCAUAGAGAUGUAUAUUUUCUCUGGACUUUUACUGCUAUUGCCUUAAUGCUAAGUUUAAUUUGCACUAUUUCACUUCCCUGGUUCAUACUUAGGUUUCAUCAUUUUCCACAGUCAAUAAAUUAUUUAAUAACUGUAAACAUGAACCAUACCAUUUUAAGCUACUUCUUUACAGUGGGCCGAAAAAAUUGCACAAAAUUCGUUCUGCAAAGUAAAUUUUUGUAUUUUUUUAAGAUAUGUGCCUCAGUGUAAAAAAGAAGUUUCCUUCCAUUUUUAUUUAAGCAGUUUGCCCUAAUGAGUGAGAUGUAAUUGCACUGUCCUGUCUUUGCAUUUUGUUCAUGUAAAUACUUUUCUAAUUUUGAAGAUUGUCAGGAAAAAAUUGAAUAAACUUUUUCGAGUC